GGAUAUGAGCGGAGCGCGGCGUGGUGGAGCGGAGUAGAAGGGCGCGCAGUUCGCCAUCCGGCAGCGGUGCAGAACCUUUGCCUGCGUCCCUCCGAACUGUCCUGUCCCGCUGCGCUGCACCGCGCCUCACCGCCGCCAUGCCUUCGCACCAGGACCCACAAGGGGGGAAGGCGUUUGGAUUAUUGAAAGCCCAGCAGAGAGAGAAGCUAGAGGAAAUUAACAGGGAGUACCUUGAGGACCAGAAAUACAGUGAUGAAGAGGACCUGGCUGAAAAGCUGGAUUCUUUCAAAAAUAAAUAUGCUGAAUUUGACCUAAAUGACCAAGGGGAGAUCGACAUGAUGGGGCUGAAGAGGAUGAUGGAGAAGCUGGGUGUGCCAAAAACCCACCUUGAGAUGAAGAAGAUGAUUGCAGAGGUGACUGGGGGCAGCAGCGACACCAUCAACUACCGUGACUUUGUCAAGAUGAUGCUGGGCAAGCGGUCAGCUGUGCUCAAACUGGUUAUGCUUUUUGAGGACAAAGCCAAUGGUGCCACCUGUAAGCCAGAAGGACCCCCACCCAAGCGGGACAUCGCUAGCCUUCCAUAGGGAAUGGGCAAAUUAUGGGUACUUGCGACCUUAGGGACUACCCCAGUGCCCGCCAGUCCAGCCAGUGUCUUUCAUCCUGCAGUGUAAAUAGCCUUAUUGUGAGUCAGGCUUUGGGACUUGAGGAAAACACUAGUACACAGUAGACAAGGAGAGAUGACUCUAAGUGUGAAAAUUCUAUAUUUGCUGUGAAAGAGUAAUGCCAGUAGGCUUUUUUUAUAUAUAUAUAAUGGGUAAGAACAUGUAUAUAUUUAUAUUAAGGAUACAGAUGACAAGCUUAAUAUUUUUUAAUUACAGUUCUUAACUCAUCUUAAACCAGAGGUAACUGAAUAUUAUUGAAACAAUGCUCUCAAUUUGAGGGGGUUGAAAAGUUUGCUAUUGUGGCAUCUCCACCUGAAGGCUGGUGCUGAGAGCAGUUAGACCCAAGUGUGUCUAACAGUGAUGUAUGUGAUGCUUGUGACUGGAUGAAGAGUGUUUCGAUGAGGCUUUUCCUGCAGAGCUGUCAGCCACCUAUACUUCUCUGAGCCUGCAUGCAUUUUGCUACUCUAUACGCUUGAAGUAGGCACUGCUCAGCUUCUCUCGGAACAUUCAAGAAGCUUUGCUAUUUGAGCAGCGAGAACAUGGUAACGCACUGCGCUUAGGUGGUAAUCCUCCUCUUUGCAGCACAGGUAUUGUUUCCCCAUCUGCUGCUGUUUCAUUGUGGAAACUGCAGCUGCAUUUGUAGAUUGUUCUCAGACAGAUCACAUGAGACAUAAAAACCAGUUUUAUUUUAACCUCCCCCUCUCAUUUGAAAACAUCUGAAGAAGCAUUUUUCACCUUAGUCUCUCUACCAGAGCUAAAGAAGUAAUUUGUUGGAUUAAGACCGAGGUAGUGUUGCUAUAUUUCUCAGAUGUGAGAAUAAAUUAUACAUUAGUGCAACUAUAAGAAUGCAUUUUAAAGAGAAAACAGGGUAUGUUUUGAUAUUACUACAAUGUAAGUGUGAGGCUUGGAUCUAUACAGUUGAUGCUCAUUUAAAGUAAUGUCACAAAUUGGGUUUUUUUUGUGCUGCAAAAUUGCUCAGGCACAUUUCGGAAGACUGUACUUUGACUUUGUAUCUGACUAAAGGUUUGUUCAGCUAUUGCAAACCCCAAGUGAUAGUGUACCAGCCAGUGCUUCUAUUGGUGCGAUAUUCUUCAGGUAAAUUUGUUGCGAGGGGUCGAUGUGAAAUGUCAGUGAUAAGGCUGAAGACGCGUUCUUUCGAAGUGCCUAAAAUUGGGAAUGCACAUUAAAGGUGGGAAAGGAUUGACGUAAGCAAUAUUUUUGUGGCAUGUUUUGAAUUACUUUUUUAUUUUUUUAAUGUUUGUCUUUAUUUUUAUAUUUGGAGGGAAUGUGAUGUGACUUUAAUGACAUUCCAAAAACUCCUAAACAUAUAAAGUGAACAUUGUCAAGACUGGCGUAGCAAACUGAAUCCCUGCCUCAGCAAACCUUUGUUAGUGAUGUAGUAUUGUGACAUUCUUUGCUCUUUCCUUUAUCGAUUAACCUGUAGAAUUUUUAACGCGUGCCUCAUGUUACAUAAAACACUGAAGUCUGAUUUUGUAAUUUAUUAGACAUAGUCUGAAGCUUGUUAGCUUUUUAUUUCCAUAUUAAUUUCUCAGUGGGUAGUUUUGCAACCCUGUAAGAAACAUCUUUUCUGCAAACACCAAAGGAAUUAAAGUUCUUACUGAAA